UCACGCAGAAGUACAUUCAUUCUCCGUUGCUCGGAACCAUUUAUUAGUCCUAACCCUCCUUGUGUUUGCCUGCGCACUCGUGUCUUGUGCCUCCAAAAUGUCUAUCAUUCUCGAGCCGCCCGAGUUGGCCUUCAAGCGCCCCUUCAAUCGUGAAGUCUGCCAGAUCCUACAUCUCAAUAAUGAAAAUCAGGAGCCUGUUGUUUUCAAGGUUAAAACGACCGCCCCGAAACACUACUGUGUUCGCCCCAACUCGGGACGGAUAGAACCUGGAAAGAGCGUCGAUGUCCAAGUGUUACUACAGGCCAUGAAAGAGGAGCCUGUCCCGGAUGCCAAAUGUAAGGACAAGUUCCUCGUCCAAACUGUCGCGGUAACUCGUGAUAUGGAGUUUGCGAACGUCACUUCUAUCUUUGAGAAGGCUUCCAAGGCUUCAAUCCAGGAGCGCAAGAUCCGCGUGAACUGGUUGUCCGCGGAAGACUCUCCAACCGCCGAGCAGAAAGAGACGAACGGUGUUAAUGUGCCGGAUGACGAACCCCCUGCCUAUACUUCUCCCGCUGCCAACUUCCAGACCCCUGCCGUAGGAGCUGCCAGCAAAGUCGCCAACGACACGUCACCAAUCCCACCGCCAGAUUUCAGCGAUAAGCGAGACAUCGCUACCCCACAGACGAAUGAAUCCAAGGCUUCCUCUGCAAAGGCAACCAUUGCAAGCGCUAUUCCAACCUCGGGUGAAGACCUAAGUGCGCAACUUGCCGAGGCUAAGGCGCAGAUCCAGAAACUGAAAGACAGGCUGGCAGAUCAGGGCUUGAGGCAAAGGAAGAUCGGCGGCGAGACCGAAAAGUCAGCUGCGCCGGCGUUGCAACAACAGCACGCUCAAUCUGUCGAGUCCGGAGUGCCGGUGCAAAUGGUGGCUGGUUUGUGUCUGCUAAGUUUCUUGAUUGCGUACUUUUUCUUCUAGUCGCCGAUCUUUCCCUCUUUAUCUUUUCUUUUCUUACUAAUUCCACUUUUACCCCCCAUGUUUCAAUUAUUUUGUUACAGAUGAACUGUAUUCCUUUUGAGUUGCUUCCGUGGCAUCGUUCCUAGCCUCAACGCCCCCUUAUAUCGUUAUUUCCCCAGUUGCACUCUACACCGCUGUUGCCUUAUUCAUACCUCUUGUCUGCGUUUUCGUUUCUACUUUUCUUUUUCUAUCCUUUUCCUUUCCCUUUCCCGUUCCUUUACCUUUGA